AUGUGCCCUCCGCGUCGUAGACAUCGCCGCUCAGAGGAAGUUCCUGAAGAGCCAGCUGUCGAAGAGAAGAAAGAGGAGCAAGUAGAGGAGAAGCAAGAGCAGAAGGAAGCAGAAGUUGAAGAACAACCUGCUCCAGAAACUGAGCAAAAGAAAUAUCAGCCAACAAUCUUGAAGAUCAGCGCUAAAGUCGGCAGUAACACAUUCCUCCAUCUCGAUGGAAAGAAUUUAUACUUAGAUACAGCUGAAAAAAGCCAACUUCUUAAAUUAUCAAUCGAUAUCACCGAUAAAGUCCUUUCUUUUUCUUUAGAUGAGAAAGGAGUUAUUAGAAUUUUCACUUCAGAUGGCAAUGCUAUCACAGUUACCCUUGAAACACUCAAAAAACCAACAGUUUUCAAAUAUGCAAAAGAAUUUUUCAGCGCUUCGAUAUUCCGUCACCAAAUUCUCGCCAUCAUUUCUGGUGAAUACAGGCCAAUUUUAUUAGAUUUUAAAGGAAAUAUUCUCGAAGAAUACACUGAUAUACAGAAACAAGUUAGAUUUUGCAUAUUUACAUCACAGCUUAAGGCAGUUGCCGAUUCUACACUUAUAUAUGUUAAAAAAUCAGGAGAAAAAGAAUGGCAUAAGAGCAAAUAUCGUGAUUUCUAUAUUACCCACUUAAUUAACGUUAAUCGUCAAACAGAAUUCGGUAUUACCACGAAGACAACAACCCGCGUGUUCAGAAAACAUUUCCAAUCUACAUUCCGUCCAUGGGCCACAGAUACUGUUGCUCUUUUGCAAUGCCCAUCAAGACGUCACUUCUACGCCCACCUGAACAACGCUGGUUUGCUCAGAAUCGGUGACAACGAAGGAGAAUAUUCGAUUCAAGAAAACGGCGUUACAGGCAUAUGCUGGGACAUGGGUAUGCUUUGGGCCAGGAACAAUAAUGGCAAAUGGCAUAAAUGUGUCCUUUCUUUCGACGACCAAUUAUUCGAUAUGAGAGCUCAGAUGCUUAAAGGACUCGAAACACCACUCGAAGUACCUUCAUCUGGUAAUGUUAUUAACGUUCUCGAAGCAAUUAUCGAAAGACCGGCAAUGUCUAGCGAAAUUAUGACUGUUUUGCCACCAAUUGCACAAAAACUUAGACAAAGCACAAUUAUUAAUGAUGCUUUGAAGUCUUUGGACACUUACAUAUCUAAAAGUGGACAAAUUGACAAACUUUUAGGUCAAAUCGACUUGGCCCUGUCAAGAAACGAGUCUGAGGAGUAA